CCCGCCGCCAGCCCCAUGGCCACCAGGGUGCUGACCAUGACCGCCCGCCUGGGGCCCGUGCAGCAGCCCGAGGAGCCGGUGUUCGCGCAGCUGAAGCCCGUGCUGGGAGCCCGGGAGGCAGCGAUCUUCCCCGGAGAGGACCUGAAGCAGCAGCCGCCGCCGCCGCAGCAGCAGCAACAGCACCCGGGGGGCGGCGGCGCGAACCUGCCGGCGGAGGAAAUGGUGCAGACGAGAUGUGAAAUGGAGAAAUACCUGGCACCUCAGCUCCCGCCCGUUCCCGUCAUCCCUGAACAUAAGAAAUACAGAAGAGACAGUGCCUCGGUUGUAGACCAGUUUUUCACUGACAGCGAAGGGUUGCCUUACAGCAUCAACAUGAACGUCUUCCUGCCCGACAUCAGCCACCUGAGAACUGGCUUGUACAAAUCUCAGCGACCCUGUGUAACCCACAUCAAGACAGAACCGUCUUCAGUCACCAUCUUCAGUCACCAGAAUGAAACUACUGCCCCUGCCCCUGCUCCCACUCAGGCCCUCCCAGAAUUUACCAGCAUCUUCAGCUCCCACCAAACCCCUGACGUGAACAACAUUUUCAUCAAGCAGGAGCUUCCUACUCCAGAUGUCCAUCUUUCCAUCACGCCCCAGCAAGGCCAGUUGUAUCAGCUCUUGAGCUCGCCGGAUUUAGACAUGCCCAGCGCCACUCCUCAGGCAGCUGUGAUGGACUCCCUCAACAACGUCUCCAUGCCCUCAGCCAUGGCGGGCCUUAACACGCUCUCCUCGGCUGUUCCACAGACUGCAAUGAAACAGUUCCAGGGCAUCCCCCCCUGUACCUACACCAUGCCAAACCAGUUUCUGCAGCAGCAGGCCACUUACUUCCCUCCUUCACCCCCAAGCUCAGAGCCUGGAAGUCCAGACAGACAAGCAGAGAUGCUGCAGAAUUUAACCCCUCCUCCAUCAUACGCCGCAACUAUAGCUUCCAAGCUGGCAAUUCACAACCCGAAUCUACCAGCGACUCUGCCCAUAACCCCCCAGAGCAUCCAACCUGUCAGGUACAACAGGAGAAGUAACCCAGAUUUGGAGAAAAGACGUAUCCACUACUGUGACUACCCAGGCUGCACAAAAGUUUAUACAAAGUCUUCUCACUUAAAGGCGCACCUGAGGACUCACACAGGAAAAGACAUCAAAAUGAAGAAAACUAAAGGUGUCAGUAUGUCACAGUUGUUUUUUUGUACCCCGAUCAAACUCCGCUUGCAGCUACAGAGGCCAUCCCUGUUCCUGGACCCGCGAGGAGCGGAGCUGGGGACGGUGUUGGUUGUGUGGGCACGGGAGCUGUGAAUGCUGAGGACAGUGGCUGGGAGGUGAAACUGCCCCAGAUGCUUUUUCCAAGUGUUCACCUGCUGAGGUAGAAGGGAGAAGGAGAGAGGGAGAGAAGGAAAAACACAUAGCUCACCACCAGCCCGCCUGAAGCUGUUAAGGACAGUUCUUUGCUGGGAUCUUGGUACAGAACCACUCAUGUUAAGUUGGUGAAAAGUACAUGACUGAUUUUGUAAAGAAAUUAAAUGAAAGGACUGUGACUCCUGUUUUCAGAAGUGAGUGUGAACCCUGGUUCUUUUAUGCAUGGGUUUAGAAUCAGAGCAAAACACGAGUCACAGUUCAAGCAACUUUGUUAUUGAAGCGGACUGUGCCAUUCAAGGAGUGAGUUUUCACCUAAGUUUAAAUCAAACCUUGUCUGGAGCUAUGGUCUAACAAAAUGUUUCAUUAUCUCUAUGGAAACAAGGACUUCUGUUCAGCAGCUAUUAUAAAUGGAUUGUUAGAUUGUUGUAAAGAAGUUGAGUAUGUCCAUGCUAAGUGUUACUAAGGAGAGUGCUUUCAGAAAUGAAAGUUACCUGUCUUGUACAGUAAAAAAUUAAAAGCAAGUGUAGAAAAUUAUUGUUUUGCAUUAGUGACAGGCCAAGCACCAACGCUGUUAAAAGUAUUAAUAUAUAAUCACUUGCUAGUAAUAAGUUUAGUAAGAAAGGAAUAUUUUAAUGAGGCUGUAAAUCUGAGUAGUGUCAGAGAGCAGAAUCCCAGUUUAAUAAAUAAUCUGUAAAUUUAAGUGUACAAUUUCCACUUGCGCACUUCAGCCAGGAACUAAAAUACCAGUUUUAAAUUUCUUGAUUGCUAUUAUAAAAUAACUAGGAAGAGAGAUAAAAGCAAAGCUUUAGUCUAAACAUUAACACUACAUAGUCAGCAUUUGAAAUGAAUGCUUUUCCCUUUUUUAAUCAAUUUCUGUCUUUUUCUGUGCCUUGAGAGGUAAAGACUUCAGGGUUAGUUCUUGUAUGCAUAGAAAUACAUACCUCAUGGCUAGCAUAUAUUGCUUAGGGUCACUAAUGUUUAUUGUUGCCUUCACUUUUUUACCUAGAAAUGUGGAUAAAAUGUGCAAAGGUCAGAGGAGCUGAUGUAUUCAUGGAAACAAGAAUGUUGUUUUAGAUAAAAAUCUAGUGAACUUAAGCAGGUCUGUAAUACAAAGGGUCUUCUGGGGAGGUGAAUGAAGGGAUAAACUGUCUAAAGCGUGCAUUACAUGCAAGAAUGUGAGUCCGUAUCCUGUUACCUGCAGUAUUUCAGAGUUUGGAUUAGUUUAACUCUCCUGAAUAUUCACUUCAUACUUGAAGAAUUCCAGCAGUGAUUCUGAUCUCUGCCUUAACAUACGAUUGAAGUGUAGUUCAAGAGCCAGAUCUCUGACUUAAUGUUUGAUUGAUGAAGGAAUGCCAAAGUAAAGGGGUGCAAACUCAGGGAAAUCUGUGAAGUUGCUCAGCCUUCCCCAAGACUGCAAGGGAACCUCGCUAUUGAUCUCCACAGGGAUCGAUGCCGAGGGCUAAAUUAGGGGAUGUGCCUCUGUGUAUCCCAUCCCCCCAGAACUGUGAAUUCAUACAGCACUAAUAAGUUUUGAUUUUUCGGUUUUAAAACAUUUUUAAAGGACUUUGUGAAGCUUUUACCUUCAAAGUGUAAAGCAAAUGUCACGUAAGCCGUUUUAAUAAAGUUGUGUGUGAUAUUCUUUCAAAUCCCUUCAGGGAUAGCAGACCUGUUUAUCUGGCUAAACCCGUUCUUUAGUAAUCAUGGACCACUGAAGUUGUUCUCUCCUUAUUCUUAGUUUCUUAACAAUACCUUUUAAAAUUGGCUGCAGUCUCUCUCUCAUCCCAACCAGUCCCCGCCCUUCUCAGCAAUCUGUCAUCUUAAAAUAAAAGAGCCUGCAGCAAAGUUUGUCUGCCAUUAAAAGUCAAGACAGACCUCAUGGUUUUCCUUUUGUAUUGGAAAAGCUCAGCCUUUUCACAGUAUUUAUUUAGCAGCCAUUCUCUUCUGAAAGGCUUUCCCUUUAGUAGAUGAUGUUUGAGAAACCUAAGGGAAAUGUUACUUUUGAUAGAUGGAAUGUAGGCUGUAGUAUAUUUUUUCUUAGUUCAGAUAUGAACAUACUGUCAGAUUUUAUAAAUUACAUCUGAAAAAAAAAAAAACUAUAGGGAACGGGCUGGAGGAACAUACCCCUAUCUUUUUAUUCUCAGGUGUUCCCAAGCUGUUUACCUUACACCAGGUCAGGUGGUAUAAAGUGAUAUAGUUUUGCUGAUUUAGUGUAGUUACACUGGACUCUUGGUGUUGAUCAGGAACCCAGUAUUCUCACUAAGAGCUGAGAUAGGGUUAUGUAUUUGUACUGGUUGCUGAAGCAGGCACGCAUUUUUCUUUCCCAACGUAAUGCUUUACCAUUUGUUCACAAUGAAAUAAAUUUCAGUUGGUAAACUGGCAACCCCAAAACAGAAUAUGAACAAAGGUUCAAGUGUUGAAAAAAUACAGAACAUUGUUUGUCCAUUUCCAUGCAGUUCUGGAGCAGAUGUGUGGUACGUUUUAGUACCUUAAAGCACAACAUAAAAAUAUCAUACCUGAAUUUGGUGUUAGUUACUUCUGAAACAGGUAAAAUGGUACUCAGUAUUUUAAAGUACCUAUUAGAACAGCUUUCAAAACGGGUGGAAUUUUUGGCCUUUUGAAGCAGAUAGUUUCUUUUAAAAUAACGUUGCCUGUUCGUCAUGGAACAAGUUUUGUUUCGUACCCAGCAUUGUGCAACUGCGGUAUCUAAUGUGUAAGGGGGUUGUGCAUUUAUCACGGGCUGCUCAGCAGCAAAGCCACCUGAAAGCUGGGGCAUAACAGCUGUAUGUCCAAACUGAAACAUGUGCCCAAUCUCCGGGAAAAGCAGUUAUUUGCAUAUUGCAGAUAAACUUCAUUCAAUUCUUCUGGCAUCUGAGUAUAUACACAUCUAUAUCACGUAAUCAUUUAGAAACAGCAGUCCUAUAACGUGUCCUUUUAGAUUUUUUUAUCUGUCUAACAUUUGGAUUGUGGAUGUUGACUGUUGGCUGUGCAGGCACCUGGAGUACCGUGCCUCUGUGCUACCUGUAAUGCUGCAGAACAGCUGGCUGCAGGGUCAGUGGGGAGGUUAAUUAUUUCUGUGAGCAGCUGCACACUUCAGAAUUGUGUAUGUUUUUAAGAGGAAAAUCUGUGAUUGUUUUGAACACAUCAAGGCACGCGCAUUGAGGACAUUUUCCAGCUGCAUACUGGUUUUCCGUAUACAGAGUCUUUGUACAGGCACGUUCUCUGGUCACAUGGUGGGUUUGCCAUUAAUAGUUUCUAGCAUUAACUGCAGAACUAUUUCAUCUCUAUCUAUAGAUCUAGCUUGUAUUUGGUGAUGGGAAGUGGAAGCCGAGAUAACUCAAGAGAAAUGGCAUUUCCCUAAUGAGAUGCACUCAAAAUACUUCCACUGUCCCUGGUUAUUUCAAAUGUUUAUAUGGGCAUGGAACAGCUGCUGACUUGUGCGGUUUGUCAAGGUGUUAAACGUUUUAUUUUAUUUUAGAUCUCUGCCUCAAUAGAUCCAGAAUUAGACCGAUGGUGCAUCAGGGUUAGAACCAGUUGUAAGCAGUAGACUUCAGCAGUCCCUGGGACUUGGCACUCUCAGUUCACCAUACCUGUAUAGGGACACUUGUUCAGGGUGGUGUCAUUUGCCCAGGAAUUCAGGAAGGGAAAAAAAAACUAUAGGGAACGGGCAGGCUGGUUUGGAAGGGAAGACAAGUAGUAGUUGGGCUCCUGCUGGAAGAAAAGUACAAAUGAAUUUAAAUCAUGCUGAGACUUUGGUGAGGGAUUUUGCUCAUGGUGUGCAAAUGAGGAGUGGAGGCCCCAAAAGACUCUGCCUUGCUCACGGUUGCAGCCAUAGCAAACCUUAUCCUGAAAUGGUGAACACAGCAAUUAAGUAAUACUUCUGUGCAGAUCCAGCUUCUUUGACCUGUUGAAUGGGUGAGUUGCAUAGAUUACACUUCAAGGAGCUGUCAGUAAAUGCCAUCAUUGAUAGAGACCAUAAGGAAAAAUGGAAGAGAGCUAAAGAAAACUGUUGACAAAGUGCAUUAAAGUGCAGUGUUGCUAGACACUGCUGAAGGGUAUGUUAGUAUCUUUUAUUUAUGAAUUCUGCUAAAUCCAUUAGUUGCCUGUGUGAGAAAUGGAAGUACAUUAUUUUCCUGUGCUAACCACAGUUUAAGGGAAAAUAAUGCACUUUUUUCAAACACUUCAUGAAUGAUCGCAGGCCUUGGGAAUAAUUGAUCUGGUUCUUUAUCUGAAGUCAUAAGCAGAAUGGAAAAUGUUUGAAUGUGUUGCUCAAAAGAGGUUGAAAUGGUAGCAGCAUGAACCUAAAUUUUUAUUUAAAUGUUACUGAUCAUUCUCACCGUUAUCCACGAUAACAUUUCUAUGAAGCAGGAAUUAAAUUCCGAGGUGUCAGGUGAGGGUAUUCCAAUUAGAUUUUAGAUACUGAAAAGAAAAGCCUAAUAUUUUCUUUUUGAUUAAAAGCCUAGAAAGUCCCUCUAAGCGUGACAGCUUAAAAAAACUGUUGUUUCUGUCAAUUGCUCCCUGAGAGGAUUAAACUUCAGUUCCAGGAUAUUUGAUUCUUGAUAAGGAAACUGUUGACCUAAGAGACCAGCUUUAAAUAUAGUUCAGUUUGAGACCGCCCUACAUAGGCUAAUAGUCCCAAGAUUCACAGCAAUUGCCAGUGAUUAAGACUUUCCAUUAUUUGAUCAGACAUUCCUUAUUGUAAUUAAUUUCUGAGACUUGACCGGAACGACUGACUCCUGGUUCCAGCCAGGGUAGUGUGUUGCUUGUUGUUUGUUAGAUGACCUGCACCUCCCAUUGGUGAAAGAUUAGAAACAUUUAAGUAAUGUCCUAGUUUAGUCUGAGUAUCUUGGUAGCAGCAUUCCUGUCCUGUCAGGCUGCAUUAUUUAUAUUCAGAGAUCUCUUAACAACUCUGAUUAAGGACAUAUUAAAACCUUAGAUUUUGACGAGUGUACAGUGCUUUGCUUUGAGCUAAAAUACCUUUCAUGUAUUGCCUCUUUUUUUCCUUUUGGUCUAUGUGUGCAUACAGUAGAUGGAAAUCUGGAAGUUUAGAGUAUGCAUUUAAUAAAUUCCAUUUUAAGAGCACCUCUUAUCUGACUGUACAAAAGCCAGUGUUAUUGGUGAGAGAGCUAAAGAGCAGUUCUUGUACCACAGGCAUAGUUGUGGAAAUGUGUUCUUCAGCACAGGAUGUGUAGACACAGCCGUGCACCCCAAAUGGGUUGGAUUUCUUAUAAACCUACUUAAAAAAAUUCCUUUCCUCUGUGUUUGCAUAUCUCCUUGAAGAGAGACCACCUCUGUUAAGACAGAAUGUUAUAACAGAAAGAAAAUAAACCAUUGCACAGGGCAGUCAAGAUUCCCCACUAAUCCUUGAACAGCAUAAGACAACACUUAGCAAAAUAAGUGUGCUUCAAGCACUGGUGGGAGUGCUGAGAAGGUAAUGCCUUCUGCACCUCUGUAGUCAGACAGUGAAUUCCUUUGGCUGUCCUCUUUGAUCACCAGUGAGUUAUCUUUUAUUCCUGUUCAUGCUUCAUUUAUCAGUGACCGGACUUUGUGCUGAGCUUAAAGCUCUCUGUUACAAAAUUCCUUAAAAUGCUGUUUCAUGGUGCAGUAGUAUUUAAUAGUACCCCUUCAGCCACUGCUAUAGCAGGCACAGACCUUAUUGCAUUUAGAAGUGUGCAGCCUAUGGUGCUCAUUCAUACCAUUUGUGGAUGGAUGUUUCAAGGACUGCGUUUGUUUUGUCACACACAGAAUAAGCUGGAUGUACCUGGCUUGCUAUCAGUCCUCUCAUCCAUCUCCAUCUUGGACAACUGAGAAUUUUAGUGCACUAAAGAUCUUUUAAACACCUGAGGGAUUACUUAUUUUGAAAACCCAGCUUUUUGUUCUUUCUCAAAAAAAAAAAAAACCAAGACCAAACCUAGAAGCUGCUUUUAAUGAUGACUACAGCACUUAGCACUUAGUCAAUAAGAGAAAGAAAAUCUGAUUUUAGGUAAAUGUUGGGAGCAAAAAACUUCUGAAUGCUUGCAGACAUACACCCCAGUAACCCGGUCAGAGUUUAAAACUAUGCUCCUGUUAGCUAGGGAAACACUAUUUCAAGCAAAUUAAAACAGAAAAAAACAUUUCAUUUGUUCUUAUUUUUUCUAAAAUUUGAGGCUAUAGCAUUUCAGGAAAUUAAGACAACUGAUGUAAACAUGUGAAAAAUUUGAAAACAAAUGCACCAGAAAUCUUUGAGACGACAUAAAUCUGUCUAAUAAUCUGUUUUAAAGCUGAACAUGAUAAAGGUUGUGCACAUAACUGGUGCAGUUUUUGUACAGAAACUUCUGUUUUGCCACAAUUUUAUCACACCUACCUGAAUAUUUUUUAAGGCCAACCACUUGCUGCUAGAAAUAGUUCCGUAAUAAGCACAAGUAAUAUUAAAAUGAUUGCAAGACUGGAGGUGGGGGGGGAUGUCUUUAUACUUUUAUACCCUUUUGAACUGUAAUCAGCUGUUGUGAUUUUGGAGUCUCUUAAAAGCAUACUAUUUGUUAUUCCUUAAGGAAGCUCCGAAUUCGCUGCUCUGACAGAAAUUUCUGAUAGGAAACAAGUGGAGUUGCAGGCAUUGGCUGGUGUAAUAUCUGUAUUUGGAUUUCUGCAUACCAAUAGAGUUACCUAACUUUAGGUUUGAAAAUCCAGCCCUUGCUGUUUACAACUUUUUUUUUAAAGAAAGCCGUCCUGGCAGUGAAUUGUAGAAAUAAAGUCAUACAACUCUUUGGUGAAAUAAGGAAGCUUAUUUUCUUGUUAAUGGAGAGACUCAUCAAUAACAGAGUCUGUCAGUGACUUGUGUUUUUCCAAACAAUUUUAAACAGAAACAUGUUCUUGAGCAGAGGCUGCGUGUUGAAGAUAGAGGGUGUCUCUCCCCCCCCCCACGGGUGGCACUGUGCCUUACCCAAAUGAGCACAGCCACGAGGGUCGCUGCCAGCGACUAGAAUUAAAUGUUAGGAAAGCCAUUGGUGCGUUUUGACACAAAUGAAUCCAAAGAUAAGUUAAAGGGAGAAGAGGCAACACAGUGUGUGUACUUUACUGGUCCAGACCACUCUCCUGUGGUAUUGAUAAGAAACCCGAACCAUGGGAUCUGCUGGGGGAGAUUUUAUCUGUUGAAGUGGCUGGCUAGUGUAGCACGUUGUAUGUGAAGAUCUAAAUGCCUUUUUGACCUCCUUGUUAUCUCACAGCAUUAUGAAUAAUUUUUUUUUAACAAAUAGACACUUUGGAAGCAAAAUAGUCUUCUUUCAGGUUAAACUCCCUUAUCUCUUGCUGCGUGCUUUCUUUGAAAAAUCUUCCAAUCUAAACAUUAGGGCUUAAAAUUUCUGUGCUCAAAUACAAGUCUCAUUCUCGUGCUCCACAAAUGUAUUUUUUUUAAACUGGAGAAUGGAUACAUAUUAAGAGCUCAAGAACUUAAAAAUAUAUUUUGUGAUGCAUAAGCCUAGCAAAAUAUUUUAAACCAUCGAUUCUGGAAGGAGGUUGUGCAGAAAUCCAAUUAAACUUAUGAAAUCCCUAUCCUGUUGAAGUAUAAUUUAAAGGAAAGCAGUUCUGUUUCCCAGAAGUGCUCUCUAUAAUACUUCUGGCUUGGGAAGAAAGGGUUGGAGUGUGCUAUUUGGCUGGAAAUCGGUACCAGCUUCCUCCAUGGUGUUUUAGUUGAACAGUGUUGACAUUCUAACAAAUCCCGUGGAAGCUCCCCUGAAGUGGAGGAGUUAGCUGUUUUCUUGCUUUUACAGUGAAAUAUCUGUUUGAUACCAUGAUCGUGUUCCAGUAACUGAACUGUACUGCCCUCGUGUUUGAUGACCAGUGGCAUUCUUGGUUGAAGACCCUAUAGAAGCCCUAAAUUGCUGGGCGAAAACCAAAUACUUCUAAAACUUUACAGCUACUGUAUUUCUCACAAUCAUGAAAGUAAACAAAUCUUACAUUACUAUGUAGCCAACGAAAACAGUGGAUAAAGAGUUCAGUGUCCCUUGUUGUGUAUACCUAAUUUUUUUAAAAGUAAGAAUUCAACCCAGAUUUCUCCAACCUUUAAAGUCAGCACAGCAAAGAAGUAGGAUCACUUCAGAAAAAUAUGUGAGACUCUUUUCCCCUUCCUUGAGAGAACUUAAAACCAAAUUCUUAUUUCUGCUAAAUGACAAAAAGCGUGUGUAUAGGUUGAGAGAGAGAAAACACUACCAGCUAGUUGUUCUUCUGCUUGCUUUAAAGGAGUGAAAAUUAAUCUCCACCUACUUCUUUUUACCCCUCUUCCUCCUUGCCCAAAAGGAAAACAUUUGAAAUUGAUUCAGUUCUUAAAUAAAACUUUCCAACGGAAACUAGCAUUACAAACAUAGAUAUUCAGUAUUUUACCCCUAGGAUUUAUUCAAAAUAAUCUGGGCCUCUACACUGGCACUAAAAAUAUAUUUUCCAGUUCUCACUGUUGGCCAAAGCAGGGGUUAAAAGCAGCGUUCUGGCUUUAAUUUCCAGUACAUAAAAGUAACACUAUUAAAACAAUCUGAGUAAGGCACCAGCUUGUUCCUGUGCUCAUCCCCUGAGCAGUGCUUGGUUUAGCUCAGGUCUGCAGCAGUCUGCCAGCAAGGAGGAGUGGUGCUGUUCUGCAUGGCACCGCCUGAGCUUGUCCCCGGAGCAGCGCUGGUGUCCAGGAUGAUUCGUGGCUGUGGCAGGCAGUGGUGUGACCAUGACAGUGUGGUGAGCUGCUAAACAGCGUCUCUAUAAAGUGGAGUGCCCUGGAGUUUGAUGGGGGUCCUGGCGUGGGACUCAGCAUUGCCUGGGAGGCUGUGGCAGCCAGCAGGGCGCAGGGAUCGCUGCUGCCCAGACUGCUGGCACACCGGCACUUCCUCUGCCAGGAGCCUUCACAACACCUGCUAACACUGCUCGCGUGUUAGGAAGGGUUUUAACAGGGCACAGCUUUUUUUGUUGCUGUUUGGGCUCCGACAGGGUCAGGUGUCACCUACACAGGACAGCUUUGAGGCUGCUUUUACAGUGCAGCACAGUCCGGCACUCAGUGAAAGUUGCGUGUAUUUCAUAGCUCCUCAGUGCCAGACUUGGAAACAGAUCUUAAUCUCUGGGUCCCCGUUCCAGUCUAGUCGGGCUAUUCCUAGGCUUUUGUUAACUAGUGCUGUUUUCCUGACCUUUUUACUUUCUCUGCCAUUCCUUGUAUAAUCCCGCAAAACACAAGAAGCAUUUGGAGCAGAUGGAGGCCUGACUGUAUAUGCUCUCCCUGGACAGCGAGGGUGUCAGGCUCACAGCACUGUGAGUUCAGCGUCAAGUAUAAUGUGGCAGCCUUGAGUGAAAACUUUUAAAGAAGAGUUUAAAGGAAACAGGGAGAAAAGGAGAAAGAAAGGAGGAAAAUAAAUAAAUACACUGUCUCUAAAUUAAGACAUUUCAAAUACAGGAGUAAUACUUCUGUGUAACCAUGUGCUUUAACACAGAGUGUUCAAAGAUCAUUUCCCUGGUGCUGUGCCUUUGGAUCAACAACACAGCUUUUUACAGCCUCCAUUGUUAACCCAAUUAAAAUACAUUGAGGAUCAUCUAUAAAGUGCAAAAGAUCCCUCACUGAAUAGGGACCUUUCCUGUCCUUCUACUGUGGAGAUCAAAUGUGUUCUCAGCUGGAUUCACUGGUGUUAAAAAAGCUUUACAUACUGUGUUUGAAUGAAAUUUGUAUUUUAGCCUACAGUAUUGUUGCAUGGAGCAAAAAAGAACCCGAUAUGAUAGAUCAUUCCCAUCUUCAAUCAGCUGCAGAAUUUACUCUGAGUAAAUUCAGCUGUGACAGAAAUCUGUGAUGAUUUCUGUUCUAAUUUGUGGUCCACCAAAUAAUUACAAGCUCUGUGAGAGGUGAUGCCAGGCUCUUGUCUUUCCUAAGGAAUGUUAUAUUUCCACCAUGACUUCAAUAAAUCCCAGUUGCUGUUGAUG